AUGCCCAUAAACGUGUCUACCAGUCUGUACAAUGCCUCUUCUGGCUGUGGAUACAAAGACAAAGUGGAUUUCUACAUGUACCCAGUUGCCUACUCACUCUUCUUCAUUGUGGGAUUUCCUGCCAACUGUUUGUCCCUGUAUGUGGCCUGCAUGCUAAUGCAAAAAGGGAACAACAUGGCAGUGUAUCUAGUGAACCUGUCUGUGUCUGAUCUACUGUAUACCAUUACACUACCUGUGUGGAUUGAGCUGGCUUUACAGCGGUCUGUUGGGGAUACCCUGUGUACCCUGAUCAAUUUCAUCAUGUACAAUAGUUUCUACGUGGGCUCAGGUCUUCUUUGUUGCAUCUCUGUGGAUCGUUACCUGGCUGUGGUCUUCCCACUGCACUAUUCUUGGGUGCAUGAAGUUCGCAUAGCAGCGCUUGUGAGUUUGCUGGUGUGGUUGACUGAGAUCUUACUGCACCUUGCACUUCUUGCAUAUACUGGGGACCUACAGGAGUUCUCUGUCCAUAGAAUGUGUAGGGAAAAGAUGCCUAUGUCCAACGCUAGUGCCCAUAUGAGCAUCAUCAGGGUAGUGCUGGGAUUCUUUGUGCCAUUGCUUAUUAUGGGAUUCUGCUUCCAGCAGAUUCUUUUGGCACUCAGAGGGAGCGUUUCCACAGUGGCAAGCGAACGCAAAAAGAUCCGGAAUCUUCUCCUACUCCUCCUGCUCACUUAUGUGGUGGCUUUCUCUCCCUUCCAGGUCAUCAUGCUACUCCGGGGACUGCUAGAGCCAGAAAACUGCGACGCAGCUGUGAAAAUCAGAGACUACUACAUGGUAUGUGUUGCCAUGACAACCAUCAACAGUGUUGCAGACCCAAUUAUUUACUGCCUUAUGAGUGAAAGUGCCAAGACAGAAAUGAAAGCAGUAUGGCAUGUCUGGAAGAAGAAAUUCCAUGAAAUGUUCCAGUUAAAUAAGAUCAGAACUGUCUCUUCAGUGUCACAAUCGGUGAGUUCAGUUCACUGA